AUGAACGAUACUGCGACACAAACGCCCCCGUUGCUCGAAUCUGAAGCUCGCCGAAGUCCAGGGUUCAGCAGCAGGCACAACGGCAUCACUGGUUCAACGGCAGGUUCAACAACAGGUUCAACAGCAGGAUCCUCAGUGGUAGGUACGACUAGUUCGUCGACUUCCAUCGGCUCAUCAGGUUCGACAGCAGGCAUAACUGGAUCAAACGGUUCCACCUCAGGAACGACAACUGGUUGA